UAUUCAUCGAGAAAGAAAAUGCCGACAAGUUCUUGCAAAGAACAAAACGUGCUAACUCUUUUUGGGAGGAAUUGAAGAAAGGGAAUAUUGAAAGAGAAUGCAAUGAGGAGCGUUGCUCGAAGGAAGAAGCAAGAGAAGCCUUUGAAGACCAGGAGAAAACUGAGGAAUUCUGGAACGUCUAUGUGGACGGGAACCAGUGCAGCUCAAAUCCUUGUCACUAUGGUGGACAUUGUAAAGAUGGAAUUGGUUCCUACACUUGCUCAUGCUUGGAUGGUUAUCAAGGCAAGAACUGUGAAUUUGUCAUACCAAAGUACUGCAAAAUAAACAAUGGUGACUGUGAGCAGUUCUGCAGCAUCAAAAAAAGUGUACAGAAGGAUGUUUUGUGUUCCUGUGCAAAAGGGUAUGUUCUAGCAGAGGAUGGCAAACGCUGUGUUUCAACAGUAAAAUAUCCUUGUGGAAAAGUUUUUGUGAAGAGACAAAAAAGGUCAGUUAUUUUACCCUCUAAGAAUAGCGAUGUAACUAGUGAUCAAGAUGGCCCUCCCACAAAUGGAACAAGUUUGGAGGAGGACAUUGUUACUACCACAGAAAGCCCAACCCUCCGUCCUGGCAAUGGAACAAGUAGCAAGACUCCGUAUGUCAAUACCAGGAUAGUAGGUGGUGAUGAGUGUCUUCUUGGCGAAUGUCCAUGGCAGGCUGUUCUGUUAAACGAGGAAGGAGAAGAAUUUUGCGGUGGAACUAUUUUGAAUGAGAAUUUUGUACUUACUGCAGCUCAUUGCAUGAACCAAUCUAAAGAAAUCAAAGUUGUUGUUGGUGAAGUGGACAGAGAAAAGGAAGAACAGUCUGAAACGAUGCAUACUGUGGACAAAAUACUUGUUCACUCUAAAUACAUUGCUGAGACUUAUGAUAAUGACAUAGCCUUAAUAAAGCUGAAGGAACCUAUAACGUUUUCGGAGUAUGUUAUCGCAGCAUGCCUCCCGGAAGCAGACUUUGCUAAUGAAGUUCUGAUGAACCAAAGAUCUGGGAUGGUUAGUGGCUUCGGGCGUGAAUUUGAAGGUGGACGACUAUCCAAAAAACUGAAAGUGCUGGAAGUACCCUAUGUCGAUAGGAACACUUGCAAGCAAUCCACCAACUUUGCGAUAACCGAAAACAUGUUCUGUGCUGGUUAUGAAACAGAGCAAAAAGAUGCUUGUCAAGGAGACAGUGGAGGCCCCCAUGUAACCAGAUACAAAGAUACUUAUUUUGUUACUGGAAUUGUUAGCUGGGGAGAAGGAUGUGCAAAGAAAGGCAAAUACGGUGUCUACACCAAACUGUCCAGGUUCUUACGCUGGGUAAGAACGGUCAUGAGACAAACUUUGUAG